CGGGCCGCCGCCGCUGUCCGGGGCAGAGGCGCGCGCGGGCUUCUGCCGCCCGGAGCCCCGCGCCGGCGCCGCCGCUCCGUUUCUCUGACAGCGAGCGGGGGAGGGAGCGGCGGGCCCCCGCCUCCUGAUCCCCCCACUUUUUUCCUUUCCUUUUUUAAAAUUAUUUCUUUGAUUCCCGUUUUCCUCAGCUUCGCUCCUUUCUCCCGUUUCCUCAGCCGCUGGGAGAGGUGCUCCUGACGGCCGGAGGCAUCGCGGCGUUAGCGGGAGCGCCAGUCGAAGCGGCUGCCGUGUGCAUGAGCAGCGUUGCUGCUGCCGGCCCUGUCUUGCCGCCGGGACUCCGCCGUUGGGAGGCGAGGCAAGGCAGGGGCGCCGACGCCGCAGCCCGGCCCGCUUCGGGCAUCUCCGCCGCGCCCAGGGCCCCUCUCGGCAGGGGAUGCUCCAGCCGCUGGCCACUGCCGCGACCCUACGAGCCUGAUUCUCCGUGUUGUCUCCACCGACCGUUCCGCGGCGAAGCUACCCGCCUGCCCGUGGCGCCGCCGCCCGCCUGCGCUGCGCCUGGCCCCGAGCGGCGGGUGCCGGGCUGGCGCGGCGCGUUACGAUGCGGCUCCUCCGCGGCGCCCGGAGCCCUCGCGGCCGCCGUGGCUCGUCUAAGGGCGAGCUGCCGUGAGGCGGGGCUGUCCCGGCCCCGGCGGUGCCGAUUUCGCUGAGGGGGUGUCGAAGCACCGGGGUCACCGAUGGUUCCCGCCACCGCCGCGCUGCCCUGAGGGUCCCGCCGGGGAGACCCUGGUCCUGGGGGUCGCCCAGUCGCUCCUGAGAUUUUGGGGGCGUCUGCGGGUUUUGGUCCUCGGGCAAGAAGGCCUCCCGCAUGUCGAACAGGUGGAGGAGUGAGGAAGACUACGAGCCUCAGGCGAGCAGGAGCCGCGGGGAGAGCGGCUGCAGGAUGAUGAGCUUUAGAUCCAAAUCUGCCUGGCAGGAGCACGGUGACGACAGCCGACGUCAUCGGUCCCACCACCCGCCCGGCAGUGAUUCCCCUGCUGCCCCCAAUAAUGCCAGCCCCCGGCAGCUGGGGGAGCAGGGGGAGGUACGGCCCCGAUCUGUGGAGCUGGGGCUGGAGGAGAAACGCAUCAAGGCCAAGAUUGAGGAGCUGGAGGAGGAGGACGGGGACGAGGGGGACUCCGAAGCGGCCUUCUCCAUGGGCGGCUGUUGCAAUAGCCUGCUGCAGAUCUUCAGGUCCAAGAAGUUCCAGUCGGAAAAACUAGAGCGCCUCUACCAGCGCUACUUCUUCCGGCUGAACCAGAGUAGCCUCACCAUGCUCAUGGCUGUGCUGGUGCUGGUCUGUGUGGUCAUGCUGAUCUUCCAUGCUGCACAUGGCCACUAUGAGGUAUCCUACGUCGUGGUGCUCUCUCUGGCCAUCGUGUUGAUGGUGGUGCUGUGCAUGGUGUGCAACCGCAAUGAAUUUCACCAGGACCAUAUGUGGUUGGCAUGCUACUCUGUUAUUCUGGUGAUCCUGGCAGUACAAGUAGUAGGGGUUCUGCUGGUGUGGCCCAGGAGUGCCUCGGAGGGCAUCUGGUGGACCGUCUUCUUUAUCUACAGCAUCUACACGCUGCUGCCUGUGCGGAUGAGGGCUGCGGUCAUCAGCGGGGUGGUGCUCUCCGCCAUCCACCUGGCUGUCUCCCUCAAGAUCAACGCAGAGGAUAAGUUCCUCUUGAAGCAGCUGGUCUCCAAUGUUCUCAUCUUCUCCUGUACAAACAUUGUAGGCGUGUGUACCCACUACCCAGCAGAGGUGUCCCAAAGACAGGCUUUCCAGGAGACCAGGGAAUGCAUACAAGCCAGGCUACAUUCUCAGAGGGAAAACCAGCAGCAGGAGCGUCUCCUGCUCUCUGUACUUCCUCGACAUGUUGCCAUGGAGAUGAAAGCUGACAUUAAUGCCAAGCAGGAAGAUAUGAUGUUUCAUAAGAUCUACAUCCAGAAGCAUGACAAUGUCAGCAUCCUCUUUGCAGACAUAGAGGGUUUCACAAGUCUGGCCUCCCAGUGCACUGCUCAGGAGCUGGUGAUGACACUGAAUGAGCUCUUUGCCAGAUUCGAUAAGCUAGCCGCUGAGAACCACUGUUUACGUAUCAAGAUCCUGGGUGAUUGCUAUUACUGUGUGUCUGGGUUGCCAGAAGCAAGAGCUGACCAUGCUCACUGCUGUGUGGAAAUGGGGAUGGAUAUGAUAGAGGCCAUCUCACUAGUUCGGGAGGUGACAGGAGUAAAUGUUAACAUGAGGGUUGGAAUCCACAGUGGAAGAGUUCAUUGUGGGGUCUUGGGCCUUAGGAAGUGGCAGUUUGAUGUGUGGUCCAACGACGUAACUUUAGCCAACCACAUGGAAGCAGGGGGCAAAGCUGGGCGCAUCCACAUAACAAAAGCAACCCUGAACUAUCUGAAUGGAGACUAUGAGGUGGAGCUGGGCUUUGGAGGGGAGCGCAAUGCUUAUCUGAAAGAGCACAGUAUUGAGACCUUCUUGAUUGUACGGUGCAGCCAGAAACGGAAAGAUGAGAAAGCCACAAUAGCCAAGAUGAGCCGUCAACGUGCUAACUCCAUCACCCAUAACCCGCCACACUGGGGUGUUGACCGGCCCUUUUAUAACCACCUGGGGGCUCACCAGGUCUCCAAGGAGAUGAAGAGAAUGGGUUUUGAGGACCCCAAGGACAAGAAUAUACAGGAAAGUAUGAACCCAGAAGAUGAAGUGGAUGAGUUUCUUGGCCGUGCCAUUGAUGCCAGAAGUAUUGAUCGGUUACGCUCUGAACAUGUGCGCAAGUUCCUCUUAACAUUCAGGGAGCCUGACUUGGAGAAAAAGUACUCCAAGCAGGUGGAUGACAGGUUUGGAGCCUAUGUGGCUUGUGCCUCCCUAGUCUUCCUCUUCAUCUGCUUCGUUCAAAUCAUAAUCAUGCCACACUCUACAUUUAUGCUGGGGUUUUACCUGACCUGUUUCCUGAUCCUGACUACAGUGGUGUUUGUCUCGGUCAUUUACUCCUGUGUAAAGCUUUUCCCAGCUCCACUCCAGGCUCUUUCUAGGAAGAUUGUACAGUCCAGGACCAAUAGUACCUUAGUUGGAGUCUUUGCCAUUAUCCUGGUUUUUCUAUCUGCCUUUGUCAACAUGUUCAUGUGCAGCACUGUGGAUCUUGCCAGCUGCAUGGCUGCAGAAUACAAUAUCACUCCUGAUCAGGUGGACAUAUGCCUUAUCAGCAACCUGACUUCCAACUACAGCCUGGGCACCUUGCAGGGAUUCUGUGACAGUCCUUUGCCCAACUGCAACUUUCCAGAGUACUUUACCUACAGUGUCUUAUUGAGUCUCCUGGCCUGCUCUGUGUUCCUUCAGAUCAGCUGUAUUGGAAAACUGAUCCUUAUGUUAAUCAUUGAAUUUAUAUAUGUUCUCAUUGUGGAAGUGCCAGGGGUCAACCUUUUUGACAAUGCAGAUCUCCUGGUUACUGCUAACACCUACGUGUCUGCAAAUGCAGCGUUAUCAUGCUCUCCAGUGACAACACGAGUUGCACUGAAGAUUGUGACCCCUGUCAUCAUUACUGUCUUUGUCCUGGCUCUGUACUUGCAUGCCCAGCAAGUAGAAUCCACUGCAAGGCUUGAUUUCCUCUGGAAGCUCCAGGCCACUGAGGAGAAAGAGGAAAUGGAGGAGCUGCAGGCCUAUAACAGACGCCUCCUCCACAACAUUUUGCCAAAGGAUGUGGCAGCUCAUUUCUUGGCUCAGGAGCGACGAAACGAUGAACUGUACUACCAGUCCUGUGAGUGUGUGGCUGUCAUGUUUGCCUCCAUCAGCAACUUCUCAGAGUUUUACGUGGAGCUGGAGGCCAACAACGAAGGGGUGGAGUGUCUGAGGCUGCUCAACGAAAUCAUUGCUGAUUUUGAUGAAAUAAUCAGUGAAGACCAGUUUCGGCAGCUGGAGAAGAUCAAGACCAUCGGCAGUACAUACAUGGCUGCAUCAGGCCUCAACGAUUCCACGUACGACAAGGAAGGGAAGACACACAUCAAAGCUCUGGCUGAUUUUGCCAUGAGGUUAAUGGACCAAAUGAAGUACAUUAAUGAACAUUCAUUCAACAACUUCCAGAUGAAGAUAGGCCUCAAUAUUGGUCCUGUUGUAGCUGGGGUGAUAGGAGCACGCAAACCCCAGUACGACAUAUGGGGCAACACAGUGAAUGUAGCCAGCCGGAUGGACAGUACAGGUGUGCCUGACAGGAUUCAGGUAACCACAGACAUGUACCAAGUUCUAGCAGCCAACAACUAUCAGCUGGAAUAUCGAGGGGUCAUUAAGGUCAAAGGCAAAGGAGAAAUGACCACCUACUUUCUAAAUGAAGGGCCUCCAAUUAGUUAGCACCAACUGCAGUGCCACUCGCUGACGGAGUCUGCAUCACACAAGGCUGUGAAUUGCUUUUUGGCAGCGAAGCGGAAAACGCAGCGCAGUUGAAAUUUCACACCGGGACUCUAGAGCCGGUAUCAGCAAACUCUUUGGCCACUCGUCAUGAAAGGCAGUUGAAAGAAACGACCUUGGAGGUGUUCCUGGCUGAGUGCUAAGUUGACCAAAGAUGUGUACUACAGAGUUCACAGAUAGGUAAGACGUGGAGGUGGAAUUUUUAACCAAGGCUGCUACCACAGGAUGAUAGAAAGAAGCUAUUUAAGUAUUUAUUGACGCACCACAUUUACUUGGUUGAAGGAAUGUAUGAUUCACUACAAAGCAUCAUCUUGGAAUGGAUUUCUACUCCCAUCAUGUUUCCAUCCCAUACUGCCAGCUAUUUGAAGUGUACCACUGUGCUUUUAUUAGCUGUUUUGAAUGGGCUUUCAGAAUUGACACCUGCUGCCACAGCACACGAAAAGGCCUUUAACAAGGGCAUCAGCAACGUUUUAGUGUGAGAAGACACCAGAGCCUGGACCCCUCUUUUCCUUCUUUUACACGGCUACCAAUGACUUGGUCUUCUGCGUGGGGCUGGCCCAUCUGAUGAAGGAGAAGACUGAGAUAAAGAAAGAUGGCUCUACAACCAUAUUUAUUAAAAAGUCUUCUGUGCUCUUCUUUGGUAUCUAUCAGUUUACAUGGGAAAGACUAGAUGUAAACAAGGACAUUUUGUGGCGGGGGGGACACGACUCCCCUGAAAUUUGUUGUGGGGUUUUUUUUGUAUUUUUAAUUUUGUAAUAUUGAAAACAUGGAGCUCUAACAGAUAUACCAAAUUCUAUAUUUUGUAAAUUAUAUAUAAACUAGGAGGCAGGCUGUCUGUGCCAGGGUGUGGUGGGAGGUGUAUAUAAGCUGUAGACUUUGGUGUAAUUGGGUUUGGGGUUUUUUUUGUGCUUAAUACUCUGAACACAGACUUGGCAGUUUUCAGAUUAUCACUAUACAAUCAACCAACAGCAACCAGGUGAGGUUCCAGGCUGAACCAGAUGCAUUUGUAAACGAAAAAUCCAGAAAAAUCUACAACCCCAAAGAAGAGGAAAAACCAAACCAUGGUACUUAUUCCUUGCAGCAUUCAAGCAGAGGCUAGCAUCUUAACAAAUACAGCCAAGAGUGCCAGCAAAUGAGGGAAGGUGUGUGAGGCCCUGGCAACCCUUGAGGCCUGAUGCUGCCUGCUGGUGGUCCUGUCCUGGCAGGGGGGUUGGCUCAGAUGGUCUUUCAAGGUCACUUCCAGCCCCUCAUGUUCUGCAAUUCUGAUUCGAUUCUGUGAAAUGGAAACAGGACCUUUGCGUUUUAGCUACUGAGGUGGUAUCAGUCAAACACAUCAAAACGAGCUCGAAACAAAUCUAACUCUAACAUAAGCUCUUACAAGAAGGGGGGG